AGCCAAGGCAGAGCGAGUGAGCGUUGCAUAGCGAGGGGAAGAGGUGGUUUGCUUCGUUCAGUAUUUUUUGUAUGAACAAAACUACGAAUCACCUCUUCUUUUAAAGAUGUGGACAGAGGUCGGGAAGCUAAUGCUCUUACAUGUGUUACUAUUGGAGCUCCACUCCACCCAAGGGACUCAUACCGAUACGGAUUGUGAAACGGGUCAGUUUCAGUGCAAGAACGGAAGGUGUGUACCUACUCUCUGGAGAUGUGACGAUGACGACGACUGCUCUGAUAACAGCGAUGAAGAAAACUGUCCGAAGAAGACAUGUGCCACCACAGACUUUGCUUGUAAGAACGGCCAGUGUGUUCCCCAGCGGUGGCGUUGUGACGGCGAGCCGGAGUGUGCCGAUGGAUCAGACGAGGCCGAUGCUACAUGCAGUCGACAGACGUGCCCACCUGAGAAGUUUGACUGUGGGGGGUCAACCAGCAAGUGUGUCUCGUUGUCAUGGAGAUGUGACGGCGAAAGGGACUGCGAGAACGGAGCGGACGAGGACCAGUGUUCCGCAGACGCCAAUGCCUGCCCCGCCAAGGAGUUCCAGUGCCAUAACAGGAAAUGUGUGGCUCCCAUCUUUGUGUGUGACGGCGACGACGACUGCGGGGAUUGGAGUGAUGAGGAGAAGUGCUCCAUUUCCACCUGUGGCUCCCACGAGUUCCGCUGUAACGACUCGGAGUGUAUCCCGGCUCUGUGGAGCUGCGAUGGGGACCCUGACUGCGGGGAUAAGUCUGACGAGUCUAUGGAGCGCUGUAGUCGCCGGACAGAGCCCCAGAAGCCCCGGUGCUCGGCGGGGGAGUUCCAGUGUGGAAGUGGAGAGUGUGUCCACCUCAACUGGAAGUGUGACGGAGAAGCCGACUGCAAGGACAAAUCUGACGAGGCUGACUGCGCUCUGCUGACUUGCCGUCCAGAUGAGUUCCAGUGUGGUGAUGGGUCCUGUAUCCAUGGUACCAAGCAGUGCAACAAGGUGCACGACUGUCCUGACUUCAGUGAUGAGGCCGGCUGUAUCAACGUCACUAAGUGUGAUGGCCCCAGGAAGUUCAUGUGCAAGAAUGGACAGUGUAUCGACAGCAGCAAGGUGUGUGAUGCCGUCAAAGACUGCAAGGACUGGUCAGAUGAACCUAUAAAGGAGUGUGGUGUGAAUGAGUGUGCAGACAAAAAUGGAGGCUGCUCUCACAUCUGCAGAGACAGGAGGAUCGGCUAUGCGUGUGACUGUCCCUCUGGAUACCAACUAAUGGACAAGAAAACCUGUGAAGACAUAGAUGAGUGUGAAAAGCCUGACUCCUGCAGCCAGAUCUGCAUCAACUACAAAGGAGACUACAAGUGUGAAUGUUAUCAGGGCUAUGAGAUGGACCCCAGCACCAAGACCUGCAAGGCCGUGGGGAAGAGCCCGUACCUGAUGUUCACUAACCGCCAUGAGAUCUGCCGUAUAGACCUGGUAAAGAGAGAAUACAGCCAGGUGGUCCCAACUCUGAAGAACGCUGUAGCCCUGGAUGUGGACGUCACCACCAACAAGAUGUACUGGUGUGACCUCUACCAGCGCAAGAUCUACAGUGCGUACAUCAACAAGGCCAGUGAUUCGUCGGAGCAGGUGACUCUGAUUGAGACAGCGCUGUCCUCUCCUGAGGGGCUGGCUGUUGACUGGGUCCAUAACAACAUCUACUGGACCGACUCCGGAGAUAAGACUGUCUCUGUUGCCACGGGAGAUGGCAAGAAGAGGAAGGUCCUGAUUGACACUGAGCUGAGCGAACCACGGGCCAUCGCUGUGGACCCCCGACAAGGGUUUAUGUACUGGUCUGACUGGGGGACCCAGGCGAAGAUAGAGAAGGCUGGCAUGAACGGAGUGGACCGCCAAGUACUGGUGUCAGAGAGGAUCGAAUGGCCCAACGGCAUCACUCUGGACCUAUCCAACAGGCGUCUGUACUGGGUGGACUCUAAGCUGCACCUGCUCUCCAGCAUCGACCUGAACGGUGACAACCGCAAAGUGUUGCUCUUUUCCCAGGACCACCUGGGGCACCCCUUCGCUCUCACCGUCUUCGAGGACCGUGUGUACUGGACAGACCUGGAGGAUGAGGCUAUCUACAGCGCUAACAGGCUAACAGGACAUGAUGUGGCUACGCUAGCAGAACACCUCAAUAACCCUCUAGAUGUUGUGGUGUUCCACGAACUACGCCAACCCAAAGCUCCAGACAGCUGUAACAUGGGCAGUCUACCUAAUGGGGGCUGUGAGUACCUGUGUCUCAAAGCCCCCCAGAUCACAGACCACUCCCCCAAGUACACCUGUGCCUGCCCGGACGGCAUGGAGCUGGGACCAGGCAUGAGACGAUGUGCCAUAGUCAAACCCAAGACAACCACGUCAGCUCCUACCACAGCCACCACUACCAACACUGCAAGUCCUACCACAGCCACCACCCCAGUAACCACCCCAGCAACCACAACUACCACUCAAACCACAGGUGCUACUACAACUACAGCUCCUACCACAGUCACACGGUCGACCGCAGUUCCUUCGACGUCCCCCCCUCAUCCUCCCCCCAGGAACACAGCUUCGUGGAGGACCCCUCUCUCCACCUCUGGCCCCCGCUCCACUUCCACACCCCCUCUACUGCCCAACAACAUCCAGAGAGAGAACGCUAACCUCUCCCACCGCUCUGGGAAUGACCACUUCCUCCUGGGUAACAACAUAACAGUGGCGGUCCUGGGUAUAGUGAUUCCUAUAGUUCCUAUCCUUGCCACAGUGGUCAUCGGCAUGCUCUGCACCGCCGGAUACCUGGUCUGGUGUAACUGGCGCCGGAAGAACACCAAGAGUAUGAACUUCGACAACCCUGUCUACCGUAAGACCACGGAGGACGACGAUGACGAGAUUCACAUCGGUCGAACUGGAGAGUCUAUCGGCCACACCUACCCCGCUGUGAGUGGCAGCGUCCACCAGCCAUUCCUAGCCCUGCCCCUGGGGGGCGGGAUCACAGACAGCAACUCCCAUUGGUACUCGGGGGUGCCCAUGCAUCCCACCGGCAAAUAAGAUGAGAAGGGGUGGGACUUGGAGAUUGAGAGAGGGUUGGAGUGUGUGGGGGUGGGAGAGUCUCCAAGACAGGGACAGGCUUACAUCCUCUCACACACACACACACACACACACACACACACACACACACACACACACACACACACACACACACACACACACACACACACACACACACACACACACACACACUUAAGUCACAAAAUCAUUCCAAAAACUUCCUUGGUCAAACACAGACAUUGAUGUUGAGCCCUUCAUCACCACAUUAUCUUCACCUUCAUUCAUCAUAUAGUCUAUUGGGUCUCUAUCCAUCUCCACAUUCCUUCAUUCAUCAUAUAGUCUAUUGGGUCUCUAUCCAUCUCCACAUUCCUUCAGUCAUCAUGUAGUCUAUUGGGUCUCUAUCCAUCUCCACAUUCCGUGUUUUGACAGUGUGUGUCACUGUGUUGUCGUUGUGCGUUAGGGAGGCACAGCGCCCUGGGUUGUAGCUUUACUCUCUCCUCUAUGAAGACUUAGUGAAGGGAGCAUCAAACCUGCUCCUUCCCCUUUGGAGUGUAAAUUAGGCAAAAGGGGAACAGUAACCAGAACAGAAACAGCACCUUAGAUGACGGGACAAUCUUUAAUCAUAUUCAUUUAUUCCUGAUUAUUCUUGUUUUUAAUGAUAUAUUUCUCUGCAUGAGUGUUUUGUUUUUCUAGCGGUGUACUUGUAAGGUAUCUUAAACAGAGAUCUGCUGGUAAACAUGAACAAGACAGAGGUGGGAGGGGUUAGCGCUGGGAUCAGUUUGCAUGGUGACACGCAUUGCUGUCGUGGCGUGGAAGAGACAGCGGGAGAGAGGGGUGGGACUCUGGCUGCAUGAUAGGUUACACACACACACCUGGUAUGCUACAGUGCUGUGCUGAGAGGUCAUGUUGAAUACCACCUCCACCUUAGAGUGGGUAGUGGGGGAGGAAACAAGCUUCCACCUGGGCUUUUCCUCGUCUCCUCUCUUCUCUUCUCCUCUCUCCUCUCCUCGCUUCUCCUCUCCUAUCUCCUCUUCUCCUCUCCUCUCUUCUCUUUCCUCUCCUCGCUUCUCCUCUCCUCUCUUCUCCUUUCUUGUUUUCUCCUAUCUCCUCUUUUCCUUUCCUGUUUUCUCCUCUCUUCUCUUCUCCUUUUCUCAUCUCCCCUCUCUUCUCCUCUCUUCUCUUCUACUCUUACCCUCCCUCUCCUCUCCCCUCUCCUACUCUCUUCUCUUUUCUUCUCUCCUCCCUCCCCUCUCCUCCCCUCUUCUUCUCUCCUCUCUCCUCCUCUCUCCUCCUCUCCUCUCUUCAUGGUGUUUCAGUCAGAUAGAGACAUCAGAAUGUCCCGAGGUGGAUCUCUGUAAGCCCUUGCAGCUCUCCUCACAUCACUGCCAAAUCAGUGUGCUGAGGAUAGAGUGAUGAGAGGAGGAGGAGUGGGAUCUGCGUUAAGGAGAGCUUCUCUCUUGCUCUGUCUCUAUGUUGCUCUUUCUCUCACUUUUAGUUCUCUCCCUCUGUCUUUUCUGCUCUUUAUCUUUCUGGUCCUCUCUGUCUCAGUCUCCCUUUCAGCUCUCCUUCAAACACACACAGACACACAGACACACAGACAAACUCUGUGGUAACGUUGUUUUAUCUGCUCCCUGCAGCGUGUGGCGCUCAGUCUGGAGGAUGACGGAUUCCCCUGAGGGGCACGCCGUGUCUCCGCCCCGUCCCUCCGUCCCUCCAUAUCCCAGGGGGACCACACUGCAGAGGAGGGGGGCACAGAGAGAGAGAGAGUGAGAGAGAGCCUGCUCAUACAGUAACCUAACCCCCCAAGGACGGGGGGGGGGGUAUAUUUUACUUAUAGGUGUACCCCCCAACUUGUGUCUCUAAAACACAUCCUCUCUCUCUCUUACACCUAACUGUAUUGUCCUACUACUUUACUACUAGUUACUACUGCGCUGUCCUCUGCUCUUCUGUUAGCCCCUCGUUAGUUAGGUAGUUCCUGGAGUUAGAUGUCGUGCUGAAUGCUACUGUCUGUCUUACUGAUGACUAACCUCAUUGCCCAUCAGUGCACAUGUAAAUAGAGGCUGGUUCUCCCUGGGUAGACUACUGUACUGAGCCAGCAACAGGGGAAUGGCCAGCUGUAUUUAAUGAUUAUUUUGUUUUGACUUUAUUUAUUGUUUGUGUUUGCUGGUGAAAAUAUGAUCGGGCCAGGCCUGUGUCACUGAGGAUAGGCUACGCAUGGCUAGAGCGAAGUGGAAUGGGUGUAGGGAUGGGGGUAUUGGGGGGGCCGGGCCAGAGGGCAGCGCCACAGGAAAAAGCAGUAGGGCAGAACUCGGGUGAGGGAGGAUUAUGGGUAAUCCGCACUGCUGGAACCCAGACGUACACAAAAGUGACUAGAUAAUGACCAGGGGGAAGGGUCGGGGUGGGAUGGGGGUCAGAGGACAUUUUUAAACUAGGAAGAUUUAGUGGUACACAUUCCCUGCUGUUGGUCUCCGUGUCUGUGUGAGCAGAGAUGUUUUCUCUCUAACUUUGGAAGACGUUUUAGGGACUCUGUAGAAGAGGGUUCAAUGUCCCACUACUGAUUUAAAUGGAAGGAAAAUGACAACCCAAUGAAGAAACAGAACUGAGCACUGGAUUUGUGUUAGAUUGCCGGCCAGAAUCACAGUUUAUGAGUUGAAUACAGUUGUAUAUCAGUUAGGGUAUCCACUAGCUUCCACUACCAUUUCCUGUCUGGUUAGUUCCCAUACUUACGUCUUCCAUACUGAGGAUAUAUUUCAGUAUAUUUCAGUUCUCAGUGUAAUAAGGAGUGGCUAGACUACUAUAAACGGAAGCAAGAUAUAUUUUACUAGAGAAGACAUCCAUUGUUGGGUUUGCAGAAUCAGUCUGGGUGUGGUACACUGGAUUGUUUGGGGACCAUCAUCCAUGCAAUAGCAUUCUGUCUUCCAUGACAUUAGAACCUGCCUAGCAACAGGUGAUAUCAUCAGGGAGGGGACCUCUGCACCAGCACAGUUAUGGGACUGAAGGAAACAAUUUAUUGUGAUUCUGUCAUAGGUUCAUAAUAAGCGAAUAGGUACAGUGGAUAGUUUUGAGGUUGUACAUUUAUGCUCUGCUACUUAACAAACAAACUUGACUAUUUUCUUCUAUAGCACUGGAUAUGAAGGCCCAAUUGAGAGACAUGGCUGUCUAAGCUCUUUCUGUAAGCAAGACUUCACUAGAGCUGUUUAGUUGUCUUCCUGCUGGUAGUCAGUACACUGUCAAGGAUUCAUAUGAGAACCUGCUAACUGAAGGUACUGACUUCAACUACUCCAUCUUAUUUCUGUAAGAAAGCAGAGGCUUUUGGGAAGGCAGUGGGACACAUGCUAGUGCAUGCAUUCACACAGAGACACAGACAUACACACACAGAAACAAACACACAGAGACACAGAUAUACACACAUAGAAACACAGAAACACACACACAGAGACACAGACAUACACA